GCACUGAGAAGGGCACAUCACCUCUGUGAUAUUCUUUCCCAAAAUCCAUAACCUCAACCUCAUUGGAGAAAACAUCAAACAAACUCAUAUUAGGAGAUAUUCUCCAAAGUACUGACCAGUUACCUUCCAAAGUGUCAAGGUCAUAAAAGACAAAGACUGGGAAUCCCCUGGCGGUCCAGUGGUUAGGACUCCGUGCUUUAACCACAGAGGGCUUGGGUUCGAUCCCUGGUCGGGGAACUAAGAUCCUGCAAGCCGCUUGGAGCGGCCAAAACAAACAAAGACCGAGGAACUAUCAUGGAUCACAGGAGACUAAGGAGUCAUGGUGACUAAGUACAAUGUGGGAUCCUGGAUCGGAUCUUGGGAUAGAAUACCAGUGGAAAGGACAUCAGUGGAAAAACUGGUUAAGAUCCAAAUAAAGUCUAUGGAUUGUUUUUUUAAAAAAUAUUUAUUUAUUUAUUUUGGCUGCACCAGGUCUUAGUUGUGGCAUGCGGGAUUUUUAGUUGCAGCAUGUGGACUUCUUAGUUGUGGCAUGUGAACUCUUAUUUGCAGCAUGCAUGCGGGAUCUAGUUCCCUGACCAGGGAUUGAACCCGGGCCCCCUGCAUUGGGAGCGUGGAGUCUUACCCACUGGACCACGUGUGGGUUUUUUUUUUAAUUGUUUUGCUAAUGAAUGAUGUAGAACAGUGAGAGCAUGCUGCUAUGUCUGUUUGUUUUUUUUUUAAGGUAUACACACAUACACUCACAAAUAACUAACACAGAAGAAGAGGUGGAAGAUAGCUGCAGAGAGUGGUAGACAAGGGAAACGUUGUCCAGGAGGAAGUGGUCACUCUCAAGACAGAAGAGACAACCACAGAAUAGGAGAAAACAUUUGCAAAUCAUAUAUCUGGUAAGGGACCUGUGUUCAGAAUAUAUAAAGAAUUCUUACAACUCGACAGUAAAAAGACACAUAACUAAACAAUGGGCAAAGGGAUCUGAAUAGACUUGUCUCCAGGGAAGAUAUACAAAUUGCCAAUAAGCCAAUGAAAAGAUAUUCAACAUCAUCAAUCGGAGGAAUAUAAAUCAAAACCAUAAAAAUCACUUCAGGACUUCCCUGGUGGCGCAGUGGUUAAGAAUCCGCCUGCCAAUGCAGGGGACAAGGGUUCGAGCUCUGGUCCAGGAAGAUCCCACAUGCCGCGGAGCAACUGAACCCGUGUGCCACAACUGCUGAGCCUGCGCUCUAGUUUCCGUGCUCCGCAACAAGAGACGCCACCACAGUGAGAAGCCCGCACGCUGCAACAAAGAGUAGCCCCCACUCGCCGCAACUAGAGAAAGCCCAUGUACAACAACAAAGACACAACACAGCCAAAAAAAAAAAAAAUCACUUCACAUUUACUAAGGUGACUUAGAAUCAGAAAAUCAGACAAUAACAAGUGGUGAGGAUGUGGAGAAAUUGCAGCCCUCACAUAUUGUUGAUGGAACUCGGGCUUGGGUUCGAUCCCUGGUCGGGGAAAAUGGUGCAUCCACUUCGGGAAACAGUUUGGCAGUUCCUCAAAAAGUUAAACCUAAAGUCACCAUACAACCCAGCAAUCCCACUGCUGGGUGUAUACCCAAGAGGAAAUGAAAACAUCCAUCCAGACAAUUUGUACACUGGUGUGUACACUGCUUAGAGCAGCGUUAUGCAUAAUAGCCAAAAAGUGGAAACAGUUCAAAUGUCCAUCAGUAGCUGAAUGGAUAAACAAAUUGUGGCACAGCCAUACAAUGGAGUAUUAUGUGGCCAUAAAAAGGAAUGUAGUACUGAUGCAUGCUUCAACAGAGAUGAACCUUGGAAACAUUAUGCAGAGUGAAAGAAGCCAGUCACAGAAGACCACCUAUUGUAUGAUUCCAUUCAUAUGAGAUGUCCAGAAUGGGGAAAUCUGUAGAGGCAGAAAAUAGAUUAGUGGUUGCCUUGGUUUGGGUGUGAGGGGCUGGUAACUAAGGAGUAAUGAAAAUGUUCUAAAAUUGACAAUGUCCAUGAUUGUAUAUAUCGGUGAAUAUACUACAAACCACUGAAUUGUACACUUUAAAUGGGUGAGUUGUGUGGGAGUUGAACUAUGUCUCAAAGCUUUAAAAAACAUAGUCCAGCAGGAAGUGCCGCCAGAGGCAUUUGUGCUUGAGAAGGCAGUGGGGACUGAAAAACAUUGUAAGAUUUAGCAUUGUGGUAGCUACUGCUGAAGUUGGACCACGUUGAGGAAGGAGUGAGAAGUGAGGGUGGCUUUUUUUUGAGAAGUUUGGCUGUGAAAGGCAAAAGAGGGCAGUAUCUGGAGAGAUGUCAGGGGGAAAUUAUUUUUAAGAUGAAAGAUACCUGAGAAGUUGUAAAGGUAGAUGGGAAAGAUCCCUUCAGGAAGUAGACCCUGAAGACAUAUAUGGGGAGGGUCUGGGGUAGGAACGACUGGCCUUGCCUGGGAAAAGGGCAGCCCCUCUGCUGUAAUAGGAGGAGAGAAGGAAGUACAAAGGACUCCGAUGGGGCUGGGACUGUGGUGGCGGGAGGUUUGAGGGGUUUCCCCUCUGCUGGCUUCAAUCCGCUGGGGAAGCGAGGGGAGGUAGUAGACCAGAAGUUUGAGGCGAUUGGAGAGGGUGUGAGUCAUUGCAGAGAAUGAGAGAGCAACUCUAAGCCUUGGUAAGAGUGCCAGCAGGACUGCCCAUGUGGCUGAGAUGGCCUUCCUUUGGUGAAGAGAGAGUGAGAAAUAGCGUGAGCAAAAGCCUGGGGACAGGAGUGUUAAGUCCUGUCCUUCCCUUCCCUACUCUAGACUGGAAAGAAGCAUUGACCUCGAAUGCUCAAGGAAUCCCAGGGAUCUUCUAACUUCACUGUCCAGUAUAGUUGCCACCAGCUGUAUAUGGCUAUUUAAAUUUAAAAUUCAGCUCCUCCGUUGGACUAGCCACAUUUCAAAUGCUCAGUAGCCAUGUGUGGCUGGUGGCUGCCAUAUUGAACAGCAUGGAAUAAACAUUUUCAUCAUCACAGAAAGGUCUACUGGACCACACUGUUCUAAGAAAAGUGAUUCUUUUCAAACUGCUGAGUCUAAGGACCCCUCUACAAUAUAAAAAUUGAAGACCUCAAAGAGCUUUGAUUCAUAUAGAUUGUACCUAUUGACAUUUACUGUCAUACAAAUUGGAACUGAGAGUUUUAAACAUUUAAUUCAUUCAAAAGUAACAAUAAACCCAUGUUAACAUAUUUUAUGAAAAAUAAUCAUAUAUUUUCCAAAACAAAAAAUAGUGAAAAGAAUGGCAUUGUUCUUCAUUUUUGCAAAUCUGUCAUGUCUGACUUAAUAGAAGGCAGCUGGAUUCUCAUAUCGGCUUCUGUAUUCAAUCUGUUGUGUUAUCACAUAUCACGUAGUCUCUGGAAAAUGCCACUAUGUACUCAUGAGAGAAUGAGAGUUAAAAAGGUAAAUAAUGUCUUAGUCAUAUUGUGAAAAUAGUUUUGACCCUGUAGAUUCCUUGAAAGGGCCUCGGGGUCCCUGGACCACACUUUGAGAACCACUGUUCUAGAACAACCUCCACUUGGCAUGAAGGAACUUAUCCUUGAGAAACUGAGUGAUUUGCCUAAAGUCACACAGCAAAUAAAUUGCAUUGUUGGGACUAUAAGCCUUCUGCCUUCUGGUCUGAGGCUUUUUCCAGUACCCUUGGCCGGGCUGGGAUGGGCCUGCUGGGCUUUUGGGAGUGGGGCCUGAGCUUCUUGGCUGCAGAACCCCUGGUGUGUGCCCCUAUAAAUAAACCCAUUGUGUCUGUCCGUGCCCCUUCCCUCUCCCCACCCGCAGCAGUUGCUUUUAUUGUUGGGUUAUGCUGUGAACAGGGAACGUUGAGGAUCUGGGGGGGGAGAGAUAAAGGGUAUUGAAAUCUAUAAGCCUUUUGAGCUUGUAACACUGCUGCCCUGCCCCCUGCCCUGCCUGGAAAGGCAGGGGACUGUCCUACUGUCAGUUUGAAAGAACCUAUACCAUGGUCUGGAGGUUCUUGGAGUGCCUGUGAAGAGGAAGUUGGAGGAGGGGUGCAGUGGGCCCCUUCCCCAUGGACACUUGCCUCUCAGAAGGGCUAUUGUGCCUUGGGGCCAGUUGUCUGGAGGAGGAAAGGAAAUUCUUGUCUGCCUCUUUCCCUGAGUGGGGAGGAGACCAGUUGGAAUACUUAGGGCUAAAAGAUGCUUUAGGCCAGAUUAAGGUGGCCACUUUCAGGCUAGGAAUGCCCUGGGGCCUCAGUCCUCAUUUUCCUCCCCACACCCCAGGGCAGCGCAAGGGCUGAUCUUGUCUGGAAGGGAGCGUUUGCUGUGGGUGAAGAAGUUGCUGUUUACAAGUAGACUUUUGGGUGUGACUGGGAUUUCAGAAAGCAGCUGGGGGAUGGGGGGAGCAGAGGGGAAAUGGUUGUGUUACGGAUGAUUCUGUUAUUAAAGUGAGCUCCAUCUCUGCCUUCCCACAGCUGCCCACCCCUCCCCCACCUCCUGGCCCCUUGCUUUUUUCCCUAGAGGACUCCGGGGGGGAACAGCUGGUGAGCGAGGGGCUCAUCAGGGCCCAAAGGCCUUGGCUAAGGGCCAGGGUAAGGGAGCCUGGAGGACAGGCUUGCUGCCAUCUCUCUGGCCCCUUCCUCCCAGGCCUGGACUCUGAGUUUAGGGAGGGGUCUUGCUGGUGCCCUGGCUGGAGAGGGGGUGGGAGCUGCAGACUCUACUCCUUUGAUCUGGCUGACUGAGAGGCCAGGACAGUCCCAUCUUUUGGGGCUGGGGGGCCUUACAUGACUGACUAGGCUGAAGAGAUAGUGGUCACCCAGAUUCACUCAGGGAUGGGGCUGCACCCACCUCAUCCCCGGGUUACCCAGAAACCCCCUGAGCAGCUGUUCCCUCCUUGUCUCUGAAGGAGGGCCAGAGAGGCUCUGCUCUUCCUCCCUUCCUCCCCCUCCCUCCCCUCAGCACUGAGGUCACCUCCCUCUGAAUCAGGCUUUUGCGGGGGCGGGGUUGCCCGCUGGCAGUUCUGGCGGGAGAAGCCUCCCAUUCAAGCUCGAGCUCCCACCCACUGCAGCUCCAUCCCUACCCAUCCUGGCCAGCACCAUGUGUUCCAGACCCACAUCCACCAUCUGGGAUAUGGUGUGGGACCACCAGAGGAAUGCCUGAAACCAGGGCCAUCCUGAAAAACCCAAGCCAGGGCUGUUCCUGGGCCCCAGGUGGGCUGAGCACAGAAGCUGCAAGGUGACCAUUCUGGCUGCUUGCAUGAGUGUGCCAGCCUGGGUGAGAAGGCAGAGACAGCCUGCGGGGCUUCUCUCACUUGUCCCCAGGGCCUGAUGUCGGAGGCCAUGGACCAGCCGGCCGGGAGCCCUGGAAACCCGAAGCCAGGAGAGGGUGGUGAGGGCAGCAUGGAGCCGGGCACCUGCCAGGAGCUCCUGCACCGGCUGCGGGAGCUGGAGGCAGAGAACUCGGCACUCGCCCAGGCCAAUGAAAACCAGCGGGAGACCUACGAGCGCUGUCUGGACGAGGUUGCCAACCAUGUGGUGCAGGCGCUGCUGAACCAAAAGGACCUGCGGGAGGAGUGCAUCAAGCUGAAGAAGAGGGUAUUUGACCUGGAACGGCAGAACCAGAUGCUGAGCGCCCUGUUUCAGCAGAAACUUCAGCUCACAGCAGGCUCCCUCCCUCAGAUCCCACUCGCCCCACUCCAGCUGCCUUCAGAGCCACCAGCCUCUCCCUCCCUGAGCUCCGCUGAGGGACCGACCACCUCGCUGCCUCUGGGACGCUGUGCUGGGCAGAGAGAGGUGUGUUGGGAGCAGCAGCUGCGGCCAGGAGGCCCAGGACCCCCGGCCGCCCCACCCCCAGCGCUGGAGGCCCUAUCCCCGUUCCUUCGAAAGAAAGCCCAGAUCCUGGAGGUGCUGAGAGCCCUGGAAGAGACUGACCCCUUGCUUCUGUGCUCACCUGCCACCCCCUGGCCGCCUCCAGGCGAGGGUUCCGGCUCCCCAGAGCCCAUCAAUGGCGAGCUAUGUGGCCCACCUCAGCCUGAACCCUCUCCCUGGGCCCCCUACCUGCUACUAGGUCCUGGUAGCCUGGGAGGCCUGCUGCACUGGGAGCGCCUCUUAGGGGGCCCAGGGGAGGAAGAGAGUGCUGGGCGGCCCUGGGGCCCUAGUAGGGGCUCCCCACAGGCCCAGGGCACCGGUUCCGGGCCACCCUGCGUCCCAGGCAGCAGCUCCUCCUCCUCUUCUGAUGAGGCAGGUGACCCCAACGAGGCACCCAGCCCUGACACCCUGCUCGGGGCCCUGGCCCGCAAACAGCUGAACCUGGGCCAGCUCCUCGAGGACACGGAGUCUUACCUACAGGCCUUCUUGGCCGGGGCCGCUUGCCCGCUCGGCGGGGAACAGCCGGGUCCCAGGCAGCCAUCCUCCCCAGACCAGGGGCCCUCACAGCUGUCCAAGUCCAAAGGCCUCCCCAAGUCAGCUUGGGGAGGGGGUACCCCGGAGGCCCACAGGCCGGGCUUUGGUGCUACCUCAGAGGGCCAGGGGCCUCUCCCCUUCCUCAGCGUGUUCAUGGGUUCAGGGGACGCCCCCCUGGGCUCACGGUCUGGCCACCCCCACUCCUCAUCUCAGGUGAAAAGCAAGCUCCAAAUUGGCUCCCCUUCUCCCGGGGAAGCCCAAGGACCCCUUCUGCCCUCUCCAGCCAGAGGUCUCAAGUUUCUAAAGCUGCCUCCAGCCUCAGAGAAGGUACCCAGCCCAGGGGGCCCCCAGCUCAGCCCCCAGCUCCCCCGGAACUCCCGAAUCCCCUGUCGGAACAGUGGCUCAGACGGCAGCCCCUCCCCGCUGCCGGCCCGCAGGGGUCUAGGCGGAGGAGAGCUGUCCCCAGAGGGGGUGCAGGGUCUGCCCACCAGCCCGUCACCCUGCCCCACAACCCCAGAUUCUGCACAGCUCAGACCUCCCCAGCCAGCCUUGUCCACUACGCUUUCCCCGGGACCAGUGGUGUCUCCUUGCUACGAGAACAUUCUGGACCUUUCCCGGAGCACCUUUAGGGGGCCUCCCCCAGAGCCACCUCCAUCCCCGCUGCAGGUGCCCACCUACCCACAACUAACUCUGGAGGUGCCACGGGCCCCUGAGGUCCUCAGAAACCCUGGAGUCCCCUCCAGCCCUUGCCACCCAGAAUCCUGCCCCUAUGAGAGUGCCCAGGAGAAGAGUUUGGACAAGGCAGGCUCGGAGUCUCCCCACCCUGGCCGCAGGACCCCCGGCAGCUCGUCCAAGAAACCUGGUCAGGGGCCGGGCCGGCGACCUGGGGAUCCUGGCUACACACCUCUGCGGGACAGACUAGCAGCCCUGGGGAAACUGAAGACUGGCCCCGAGGGGCCCCAGGGCCCAGAAAAGAAUGGGGUGCCAGCUAGGCCUGGCACCGAGAAGGCCCGGGGAGGAGGGAAGUCAGGGGAGAGCACUGGAGACACAGCGCCCUCUGCCUCCAGGCCCCCUGAGCAGCCAGAAGCCAAGGGGGCCCUGCGGGGGGCCGUGGCCUUAGGCACAAGCAGCCUGAAGCAACAGGAAUCUGGGCUCCUGGGGGACCCUGGGUCCCGAGUCUACUCUUCCCACUCCAUGGGGGCCCGGGUGGACCUGGAGCCUGUCUCACCAAGGAGCUGCCUCACCAAAGUGGAGCUGGCCAAGAGCCGGCUGGCAGGGGCCCUGUGCCCCCAGGUACCCCGCACCCCUGCCAAAGUGCCAACCUCAACCCCCAGCCUCGGCAAGCCCAAUAAGAGUCCCCAUGGCAGCCCGACAAAGCUGCCUUCUAAGUCGCCCACCAAGGUGGUGCCCCGACCUGUGGCCCCACCAGCCACCAAGGAGCCCCCCAAGCCUGACAAGGGGAAGGGCCCACCCUGGGCAGACAGCAGCGGCACUACAGCCCAGCCCACACCCCCAGCACCUGGCCCUGCCGACCCAGGCCCAGGCCCUGAGGGGCGGGCCCCACACUCGGCCAUUGAGGAGAAGGUGAUGAAGGGCAUCGAGGAGAACAUGCUGCGGCUCCAGGGCCAGGAGCGGGCCCCCGGCACCGAGGCCAAGCACCGCAACACUAGCAGCAUCGCCAGCUGGUUCGGCCUUAAGAAGAGCAAGCUGCCAGCGCUGAACCGCCGCACAGAGGCCGCCAAGGGCAAGGAAGGGGCUGGCGGGGGCUCCCCGCUCCGGAAGGAGGUCAAGAUGGAAGCCCGGAAGCUGGAGGCCGAGAGCCUCAACAUCUCCAAGCUGAUGGCCAAGGCGGAAGACCUGCGCCGGGCACUGGAGGAGGAGAAGGCCUACCUGAGCAGCAGGGCCCGGCCACGGCCCGGAGGACCAGCGCCAGGGCCCGGUGCAGGCCUGGGGCAGGUGCAGGGCCAGCUGGCCGGCAUGUACCAGGGUGCGGACACCUUCAUGCAGCAGCUGCUCAACAGGGUGGAUGGCAAGGAGCUGCCCCCCAAGAGCUGGCGGGAGCCCAAACCUGAGUAUGGCGAUUUCCAGCCAGUGUCCUCUGAUCCCAAGAACCCCUGGCCGGCCUGUGGGCCCCGAAAUGGCCUGGUGGGCCCUCUUCAGGGCUGCGGAAAACCUCCUGGGAAGCCAAGCAGCGAGCCGGGGAGGCGGGAAGAGAUGCCCUCAGAGGACAGUCUGGCUGAGCCAGUGCCCACCUCACAUUUCACAGCCUGUGGCUCUUUGACUCGAACUCUGGACAGUGGCAUUGGGACCUUCCCGCCCCCAGACCAUGGCAGCAGUGGGACCCCCAGUAAGAAUCUUCCCAAGACCAAGCCACCACGGCUGGAGCCCCCAGCCGGGGUGCCCCCAGCUCGGCCCCCACCCCUUACCAAAGUCCCCCGCCGUGCCCACACACUGGAGCGUGAGGUGCCUGGCAUAGAGGAGCUGCUGGUGAGCGGGCGGCACCCCAGCAUGCCGGCCUUCCCCGCCCUGCUCACCGCUGCUCCGGGCCACCGGGGCCAUCAGACCUGUCCCCACGGUGAGUGCCUGGGCAGGGGGGUGGGCCUCUCUGGGAGCUCCACCCACCACCCACCUUCCCCUUGUCCCCGGAUAGAUCCUUGUGAAGACCCAGGCCCUCCUGCUCCUGUCCAGCUGGCCAAGAACUGGACCUUCCCCAACGCGAGGGCAGCCAGCGGCUCCUCUGACCCUUUCCUAUGCCCACCCCGACAACUGGAGGGGCUGCCCAGGACCCCCAUGGCCCUGCCCGUGGACGUGGACGGAAAGCGGAGCCUGGAGCCCAGCCGCCCAGCUCCUGCGCCCCAGGGCCCAGCGUUUGGGGGGAGCCGCACCCCCAGCACAUCGGACGUGGGCGAGGAAGGGAGAGUGGCCAGUGGGGGUCCCCCGGGGCUGGAGACCUCAGAGUCUCUCAGUGACUCACUCUAUGACUCGCUGUCCUCCUGCGGGAGUCAGGGCUGAGCGGUUGCAGCGGCUACGCCCCGCUCUGGCGUCGGAGACCGCGGACUGGGCCGGCUCGCCUCACGCCCCGCCCCCUCGGGGCCCGUGGGGCCCCUCCCUGAAGGGACCAAGGAGGUAGAUGGACAAGAAGGUGAAGGGGGUCCCCGGCACACCCCACUGCCCGCCGCUGCUGUGGAGGAGAUGACCGCUCUCAGCUCAGGGAGAGACCCCACCCUUGGUCCCUUCUCUCACCCAGAGUAAGGCUCUUCCUCUGCGGGACUGGGGGUUCGAGGCCGCUGUGUCCCGGCCCCCAGCUCCCACUUCAGGCUGAGCCAUCUUGUGGUGCUGGGCUUCCUGCCCACCAGCCGUGCCAUCUCCACCCACCCUGGCAGCUCCCCUGCCUCAGAAGCCCCGUGCUGGUGGAGUUCAGGGGCGAGGGGUCAAGUUGCCUUCUCUCUGUCUGCCCUGGCCCUCCCCGCUGUCUGGAUGGUGCUGCCCUCUCCUGCCCCAUGUCUUUGGGGCCCAUUUGUUGUCUUUUUUGUUGUGUUUUUUUUUAUAUUAAAGCACCUGGCCCAGUCUCCACCCGCCCGCGCCCCCUCCUCCCAUCCCCACACUGCGGUUAAUUUAUCUGUUGUUAAAAAACGCGGCUGCUCUGCUUCCAGCCUCUGCUUCUGCCGUAUCCCUAAUAAAACGUGGAGGCCCCUCCCUG